UGCAGCCUUCCUGUGAAAUUCAUCUUUAGCUUCUCCUCAGUUAGGCUGGUCUGAUUCUUCACUUUGGGGGUGUGAACAUGGUGAGCAGAUUUUACUGUAUGGUUGAUUCCUUUCCCCCACCCUUCUUCUAAAUGCUUCCCCGGACUGAUUGAUGAAUCAUUCCUCAUCUGGUCCCACUGUUCAGAGGAUAGAAAUGGAAAAUGUAAUCUCAUGCAGCAGAGAUGGAUUUUUUUUAAAAAGUCUUUUGCAAUAUGAAUCGUGAAAAAAUCCUUUAAAAUCUGUCUGCUAGGAACAGCCCACAGUUUUUAGAAUGAAGUGCACUGCGUACAAGGAAUGGUACUUUCCUCAGGUAAAGCAGACAAGCAGUGUGCAUCAUGAUGGAGCGUGCCUGUAAGUGCAGCUCUGGUUGCAAGGGCAGGUCUACACUACGGCAGGGAUGACGCUCUGAGACUGGUCCACUGGCGGAUGUUUUAGCGGAUCUAGUAAAGACCUGCCAGAUCAACAACAGAUCGCUCUCCAGCCGACCCCCGUACUCUACCCCCAACGAGAAGAGUAAGAAAUAUUGGAAAUAAUGGAACAUUGUAAUUGAAAAGCGCUUGCCUUCCAAGAGAGUUGGGAGAGAAUGUUGAAUCUUUCUUCUACAUCCCAGGUGAAUAAGAAAAUGUAGUGGACAGAAGCAAGGAAGAGAAACCUCAAGUGGUGGAACGGAGGGUUCUCUCUGCUUGGGAUUUUACCCUCCUCGUCACGCUGCCUCACAAUGUCAAAGAAGAGUGCUAGCAGCCGAGCUAAGGGAGAAAAACCUGAUGCCUUAGCUGCCUUACAAGCUGCCAAUGAAGAGCUCAGGACAAAACUCACAGACAUUCAAAUAGAGCUCCAACAAGAAAAGAGUAAGAUCAGCAAGUUGGAAAGAGAGAAAAACCAAGAAGUUAAACAGAUCAAAGAGCAUGAACAGCAUAAAAACACAGUGUUGAUAACGGAACUUAAGGCCAAACUUCAUGAAGAGAAAAUGAAGGAACUCCAGGCUGUUCGAGAAGCACUUUUGAGACAGCAUGAAUCUGAGCUUCUUAGAGUCAUAAAGAUUAAAGAUAAUGAAAACCAGCGAUUACAGGGCCUUCUUAAUGCUGUAAGAGAUGGGGCUCCUGAUAAGGUUAAAACAGUGCUUUUCACAGAAGCGAAAGAGGAGGCCAAGAAAGGGUUUGAAUCUGAGAAAAUCAAAAUGCAGCAAGAAAUUUCAGAACUUAAGGGGGCUAAGAGACAAGUGGAGGAAGCCUUAACUUUGGUCAUUCAAGCUGACAAAAUUAAAGCAGCAGAGAUAAGGAGUGUGUAUCACUUACACCAAGAGGAAAUCAGCAGGAUCAAGAGAGAGUGCGAAAGAGAAAUUCGCAGACUGAUGGAGGAGAUAAAAUUUAAAGACAGAGCAGUCUACGUGCUGGAAAGAGAGUUAGGGGUUCAAGCCGGGCAUGCUCAGAGACUUCAGCUCCAAAAGGAGGCUUUAGAUGAACAACUUUCCCAGAUCAAAGAGUCUGAUCGGCAUCUGAGCAGCCCCAAACGGGAACUUCCUUUUGCAAGUGGUGCAGGAGACGCUUCAGAUCAUUCAGGAAGCCCCGAACAGCAGCUGGAUGAAAAAGAUGCCCGGCGUUUCCAACUUAAAAUUGCUGAGCUAAGUGCAAUCAUCCGGAAACUGGAAGAUCGGAAUGCAUUGCUGUCAGAAGAAAGAAAUGAGCUUUUAAAACGUCUAAGAGAAGCAGAAAGUCAGUAUAAACCUCUCCUGGACAAAAAUAAGCGUCUCAGUAGGAAGAAUGAAGAUUUAUCCCAUGCCUUACGUCGAAUGGAAAAUAAAUUAAAAUUUGUAACACAAGAGAACAUAGAAAUGAGACAAAGGACUGGGAUAAUAAGGAGACCAAGCUCUUUAAAUGAUCUUGACCAGAGUCAAGAAGAAAGAGAAGUUGAAUUUCUGAGGCUACAAAUUAUUGAACAGCAAAAUAUCAUAGACGAACUCUCUAAGACUCUUGAAACUGCUGGCUAUGUGAAGAGCGUAAUAGAACGAGAUAAGCUUUUAAGGUAUAGAAAACAAAGGAAGAAAAUGACAAAACUCCCUAAGAAGCCAGUUGUGGAGACAUUUUUUGGCUAUGAUGAAGAAGCGUCUCUGGAGUCUGAUGGUUCUUCUAUCUCGUAUCAAACUGACAGAACAGAUCAAACUCCUUGCACUCCUGAUGAUGACUUGGAAGAGGGCAUGGCCAAAGAAGAAACAGAACUGAGAUUUCGGCAGUUGACAAUGGAAUAUCAGGCUUUGCAACGAGCAUAUGCUUUGUUGCAAGAACAGGUCGGAGGAACAUUGGAUGCAGAACGAGAAGUUAAGACGCGUGAGCAGCUCCAAGCAGAAAUACACAGAUCACAAGCUCAGAUAGAGGACCUAGAAAAGGCACUUGCUGAGCAGGGACAGGACAUGAAGUGGAUUGAGGAGAAGCAAGCAUUGUAUAGAAGAAAUCAAGAACUUGUAGAAAAGAUAAAACAAAUGGAAACAGAAGAAGCUCGGUUGAAACACGAUGUUCAGGAUGCUAAAGAUCAGAAUGAACUCCUGGAGUUCAGAAUAUUAGAGCUUGAAGAGAGAGAAAGAAGAUCACCUGCUAUCAACUUUCAUCACAUUCCUUUUACUGAGGGGAAAAGUCCUCUCCAAGUUUACUGUGAGGCAGAAGGUGUAACGGAUAUACUAGUAGCGGAGCUAAUGAAAAAGUUGGACAUUUUAGGGGAUAACGCCGUAAGUAAUCUGACCAACGAGGAGCAAGUAGUUGUCAUACAGGCAAGGACAGUUCUGACACUGGCUGAAAAGUGGCUACAGCAGAUAGAAGUGACAGAAUCUGCACUACAGCAAAAGAUGCUAGAUCUCGAGAAUGAAAAGGAGCUAUUUACUAAACAAAAGGGCUACUUGGAUGAUGAACUUGACUACAGGAAACAGUCUUUGGAUCAAGCACACAAGCAAAUUCUGGAAUUAGAAGCCAUGCUAUAUGAUGCCCUGCAGCAAGAAGCUGGAGCCAAAAUGUCUGAAAUUCUUUCAGAAGAGGAGAAAAGCAAGCUGAAGAAUGCUGUAGAGCAAUGGAAACGCCAAGUUAUGAGUGAACUCCGAGAGAGAGAUGCCCAGAUUCUGCGUGAAAGAAUGGAGCUCAUUCAACAUGCACAGCAGAGAAUUAAGGAGCUAGAAGAAAGAAUUGAAGGUCAGAAAAGACAGAUAAAAGAAUUAGAAGAAAAGCUUUCAUUCUUUGGUCAUAGUUCAUCAGCCCACGUACGGAUGAUUACUGAGGAAGCUAGAAAUGCUUAUAUUCUUAUUGAGAAAGACAGCAGUGGUUACCAACGUGAAAUAAAAAAGAAGACAUUACGAGUUCCAGAAGCCCAAAUAUAUAUUUUGUCACUGAAGACUAAGGAUAUAAUCUUUUUGACCCUUUUAGACAAUGAAUUAGGAUUUAUGGGAAUUUCUUAAAGUGGAGUCUGCUCUUCUGAUGUCUAUGACUGUACAUUUUUAUAAGCUAGAAUUAGAACUGUCUAAGAAGAAAGCCCCAAAAAAUAAAAAAAUAAUUAACUCUACAGGAAGCCCCAUCUCUGCUGCUUGAAACAGCUUUCAGCUUUACAUAAAAAGCAGUAUACUAAUUCAGAUAAAGUGAAUAUAUUUUGGUUCCCUGCUAAGCAGGUAGUAAACUUCUUCUGUAAAGAAGUGAUCAUGUCCUGUUUUAUACGUCACUCAUGUAUAUGUGUUACUCGUAGUUAUUUAAAUACAUGUGUUGAAGGAAGAUUUUAAAAAGAGUUCCAGACUAAUCUAUGAUGAAAACAUAAAUGUGAAUGAAAUGAAACAUUAUAUUCCAAGAUGUUUUUCCUUCAGCUGAAAUGGGAAGUAGAACUAAUUCAUCUGAUAAUUUCGGAAGAAUUUAUUUCUUUUCCAUAGCACAGGGUAUGUAUAAUGGUUUGUUGAGUAUCCCAAGCACUUAAUGAUGGUGGGAAGGUGUGUCUACAAAGUUCUGAACCUUCAGAAUGUGAAGGUUUCAUUUGGUUCUGAAGUUUCAGCAAACUAUGCUCUUUAACACUAAGAGAAAAAUGGCACAAUAAUGUAUAAUGCACUUAAGUUCCUCAAUGAAGAUGAAGCAUUCAACAGUGUCCCAUGGAAACUUUGAACCUGUAAAGGGAAUAGAAGUGAAAAUGUGUCGUCACUGAUCUGAAUGUCUAGAAUGUUGGAAGGUGGGAAUGUGUGUAAAAAAGAUGUGAUUAAUUUGAGAAAAGAAAGCACAAGCAAGGACGGUGGAAGUCCCUGAUUGUAUCUCUUGGAUUUAAAUGUCAGAAAAAUGAAGAAAAAAAAAAGUCUUCUGUAGAAAGAUCUACAAAGGAAAGACUCUGAAAGAAAGCACACAAAUGUACUUCACCAAAAAGUAACAAGAGAAAUUGAAACAAAAUGCCAACAUCUGGAUUUACCAAUGAAUAUAUAAAAAGCAUCUCAUCUGGCCUUUUCCACAACUGCUGUGUAUCUAAAAUGGGGAGCAGAGAGAUGAUGAAGAAAUUGUAUCUAUGCUUUGGAAAGCGUGACUGAAAAAGCAAAACUAAAGAAGUUACUGAAAGGGAAAAUUUGGAUCUGCUGUAUUCAUGCUCUGUUGUCACUCCACUUGUUUCCUGUGAUCAGAAGAUGCCAGAAGAGUUUUUCAAGUUAAAAAAGUGAGAAAACAGCAAGUGGAUGCAGCCAGUUCUAACUGGUUUUAAUUGAUAGCUAUCUAAUACAACCUACUAAAUCUCAUGAAAUAGAAACACCCAAAACAGUUUGGACUAUCAUUACAUGCUGGAAAGAGCAUCUCUUUUUUUUAGUAAAUACUUUUGUUUGUUUUCUACACUGCUUCCAUACUUUUAUUUUAUAAAUGGAGCGAAGAAAAAAAUCUUCAGAAUUUAAAUUCUAGAAAGUCCUCCAGAAGCUGGCACAUCUAGUGCCAAACUGAACUGGAUACAUGUAUUAUAAGCAACCAUACAAAAUGAAAGGGAAAUGAGAAAGAAAGAUGAGGAAAUGUGUUUCUCAUCAAAAUGUUAUAUUUGCAUUUUGUUAGUGUGUUAAGACCUUUUAAAUCAAGAAGUGUGAGUUUUGAUAUGAAAAUGUGACUAAUUUAUAGAAGUAAUUCAGCUAAUUCCAGCUGGAUAAGAUACAGAUGCCAAUAUUAGGAUUUGUAUAGCUGAUUUAAUUGUUUUACCUUUGCAUUUCAUGCUUACAAUAUUGUUUAAUCCUAAAAGUACAAUUUAAUUCUACUUAAACAUAUGUUGUCUUUCAAUAUUUUAUUUACUUAGAAUAACACAUAAUAAUAUAACCACUUUCUAUCUGAGAUGUUACUGAACUCUAAAUAAGAAAUUGUUGGAUUAAAGUUUAAUGGAAUGUACUAUGCAGGCAUCUAUAAAAAUGCCUUAAAUUAAAUGCCUAACUAUACAGACCUUAUGUUCCAGGUGAGCUUAGGAAUUCAAAUGCUGCUACUCAUGUGGAUAUGCAUGAUAAUAUUUGAUGCACUGGUUAGGAGUUUAGAAUGUAAAGGCAGGUGUAUUUGAAACUGGCUUGAAUACAUUUAUUUUUUGUUUACUUGGGCCAUGGUUUUGCAUGUUGUAUAUAUGUCUAGAAUUCAGUUCUCCUUCUCCCCAUCCCCAAAUUAAAUAUUCUUACACCCUACUUUAAAAAAUGCUAAAUGUACAGUAAAUAAGGAUGAUACUUAUGGAGAUGUUAAUGUUUAUAUGUAAAAAAUGUUAUGUACAUAGAAAAGAAAAAAUGGCUCAGUGAAUGUUUUAAAAAUAUUUAUUUUACACAGAUGUUGCAUUCACAUAUAUGUGCUACAUAUUUUAAACACAAAUUUUAUUUCACUGUCAACUUUAAAUCAUUUUGGGCCUGAUUCUACCAACUUAACUUAUGUUGAAUAACACUUUGCUCCAAUUGCAGUGUCAUUGAAGCCAUUAUGUAAUGUAUGGCAGUAUCAGAUCUUGUGAUUGUUGCUAUCUUCUUCUUUUAUGGGACUUGUGCACCUUUUUAAAAUCUGAUCCUAAAAAUAUAGGAUUACAGGGUGGGGCAUUAGCCUAAAUCUAGGUUUUUGUAAUAAAGGGUUUUUUUCAUAUAGAUUUAAUAUAAAAAUGAAAAACUUGGAAAUUAAAAGAUAAGGCUAGUUUGCACAACCAUUACGUACACUGGUGAGCACUUACUAUUCACACAAGUAAGUCUCAUUGGGCUAUUCCAGUGAAUAAGUUUUCACCAAUGUUAGUAAGGGUUGAACAAUCUAAACCAUCAUUUCUAUGUGUUUUCUUAGCAUACCCCAAACCUUGCAUGUUACUUUCAAAUUAUUACAAGACUAAGGGCCAGAUAAAAAUACGUAUAACAUUAGAUUGGUUAUUAAUAUAUUAUGAUAGGUAAGUUUUGCCUAUGAGAAUUUGAAAAUUAUGUGUAAAUGCAUUGACUCAUAAUAGCAGACAUUCUGAAGAGACACUGAAGUAGUCAUAAAUGUUCACUGUCUAGGUAACACUAAUUAUACUGAUUGAUUAGACAGCAUGCGCAUAGCAACACAAAUGUUUUUGAUUGUCUAAACUAAAAUCCAUUUGAAUUGCAGCUUAAUUUGUUGACACCUGUAUUUUGUGUAUUUCAGGCCUAUACCUAUUGUUCAAGCUGUUGAAGGACUGUGGCUUUUAUUUAAAGUGUUCAACUCUAGUAAUAUCUGUAGCCUUCAGUAUAUCCUUGAGUGCCUUACACAGCUUGUUAACACAAACACUUCUAGUUAAGAAAAACAGUAUACCUGAGAGUCAUUCUUGGUGGAUUGAUGCCAAAUUGCUUUGCAUCUAUAAUGCUACCAUUAAAACCUUACAAUAGGUAGUGUGUUUUAGCACAGUAAUGGAUUUAGUUUAGACUCAGGAAAUCAUAUUGUGAAUAUGUGUAUUAAACUAGGUAUUUAUUUAUUGUACAUUUUAUAAAAAGAUCUAUUGUAAAUUUAUGCAAAAUAUAAAUUAUAUAAAAUGUUUUCUCCUACGGCAAACAUGCUGUGAGUUAUUUGUGUUCUCUAAUGUAAUCUCUUAAUAACCAUAUCCUAAAUAUGUAAUGUUUGGUUCAGUGCUGAAAUGGUAAUUUACAGGCCUAAAAUAGGACUGUAUGUUGAUCAACUACAAAAUUUUACACAUAUUUUUGUAUUGUGAUUCAUAUGAUAUAUAU